AUGACAUCAAUACCACCAAGUCCACUACAGGUCAAUUUCGGUGAUGAAAGUGCCAAGCCUGUGGCUUACUUUAUGCAGCCAGUGUCAAAUCGUGAGUAUUCAGACGAAGAAUAUUCAUCAACACCAAUGACAUCGCAGAUACAACAAAAUCAAGAUCAACUACAUAUCGACAAACAUCAACAGUUGUAUCUUAUUUCAAAUUCGAAAAGUUCACCCAAACUUUUUCAUUCACCAAUUGAUAAAACAAGUUGGAAAUUAGAUCGUAUUCAACAGGUCGAUAGUGAUGAUGAUCAUAAUGAUUCAUUCGGUGUACCAACUAUUUAUUUAUCCAAUACAUCUAUUGUUGACAAUGCUAGCGAUACGUCUAGAAACGUUCUUGCUCCUUCAGAUGCAUUUGAUGAUACAUUUACGUCGGAAAGUCAAUGA